CUUUCUGUAAGACAAAGGUAGUCCAAGUUUUAGCCUACCUUUGCAAACAGGGAACUGUUAGUGUUAUAAUGCCAUUGGUUUUGGUCUUAAUACUUUUGUUGCCAUCCUUCAUUCAAGCUGCUAACCUGGAACCUGUUAAUGGCAAGCAUGUAAACCACACAACCACCCUACAAGACACAAAGAAUGGCACUGUUAAAAGAAAGAUGCAUCAUGAUGACGGACUUGGCACAAAGCAUGUAAACCCGACAACAGAACAAGAGGAAAAGAAUGGGAUUGUUAAAGACAGUAAGGGCAUCACUGGAGUGCGGGCCUUUCCGCCUGAGAAUGAGAUUGAGACCCGCAUCAUUGGUGGCAGAGAGGCCUGGGCCCACUCCUGGCCGUGGCAGGUCUCCCUGCGCUUCGCCACCCUACACGCCUGUGGUGGAGCCAUCAUCUCGGACCAGUGGAUCGUCACUGCUGCUCACUGCUUUGCAAAGCAUAACAUCCCUGCCUUUUGGACCGUAAUGGCUGGGAAACACGAUUUACAUAAUCCCCAAGAGAGAUGUCAACAGUUGCGUGAAGUGGUGGUCCUCAUCAGCCACAAUGGGUAUCAGCGGCGGUCCAAAGUCAAUGACAUAGCCCUGGUGAAGCUGGCCUCCCCCUUGGUUUUUAAUGAGUGUGUGAGGCCCAUCAACAUCCUCUCAGGCCACCUGCACAUCAUGGCCCAAUGCACCAUCACUGGAUGGGGAUCCACCACAGAAAAUGGGCCACAUGUUAGCCGGCUGCAGGAGGUGAACGUCACCAUCCUCCCCAGGGAGGACUGCAACCACUACUAUCGCGGCAGACUGGCCAACAACAUGUUCUGCGCUGGAGACCAGUAUGGAGGAGUGGACGCAUGUCAGGGGGACUCUGGCGGCCCUCUGUGCUGCUUCAGCGGCCGGCGGUACGAGCUGGCGGGCAUCGUGAGCUGGGGUGUGGGCUGUGGACGAGCCUUAAAGCCUGGAGUCUACACAAAGCUGCACAACUACUACCACUGGAUCGCUGCAGAAAUGAAAAGUUACCAGUACUAUACUGGCACUGGUGGAUAUCGGUCUUUGGAGCAGUGUGGUGCGACGGUGAAGAAGCCUUGCCGGCUCAGCAAUUCAUCUGCAGAGGUGGUGGUGGAGAUGGGUAGGGCAGGGCCGACUGCACUGCACGUCACUACGGCUUGCCCCUUCUCCUGGCCCUGGCAAGUCAGCCUGCAGAACAAGGCCAAACACUACUGCAGCGGGACCCUCAUCAACCACCACUGGGUACUAGCACCCAGGAGCUGCCACCCCAACCAGGCGACUGAUGUGGUUGUGCUUGGUGCACACGACCUCACGUUUGUGGCCACGCAGACCGUUCGAAUGGCGGAAGUAGUCACCAUUGAAGGAGCGGAAGGUUUCCCGCCAGAACUGGACCUGUGUCUGAUUCGCCUCGGAACCCCUGCUAGAAUUGGUCCCACCAUCGCUCCCGUGUGCCUCCAUCAUGAGGACGAUGAGCCUGAUGAGAGCUGGUCAUGUGUCACCACAGGCUGGGGCGCGACUGCUGCAACACGAGGUGUGAAUCCCAAACUUCUCCACCAAGCCAGGAUAGAUCUAAUCAACAUGACAUCCUGCAGGGAGGCAUGGGGGGAGGAGUUGAUUCGAAACUCUCACAUCUGCACAUGUCCUGCUGCAUGCACAGCCUGCCUGGGGGAUUCUGGCGCACCACUUUUGUGUCAACGACAUGAAAAGUACUACCUGGUUGGCAUGGCAACAUGGAGCUAUAAGACAUGUGACCCCGAGAGACCUGCAGUGUUCACCAGGUUGUCUGCGUUUCAUUCGUGGAUUACCGAGACAACAAACGGCUAAUUGGAAUCUGUAUUCAAUAAAGAUUUUAUGGAAAAAUA